CGAGCCCACACUCUCCUACUGUAUUUCAUUUCUUCAGUAUGCGCAAAAUUCGUAUCAGGAACCAUAAUGCCCGAUGAAAAUCGCACCUUAAUGGAAGAUUCGGCAGAUCUUGGGCUCUCACAGGACGAGUUCGUGCGUAUGUUAGGGGACCACCCGUCUCUACGUCGAUCUGUCACACGUUCAGAAUGCCAUAGUCACAUAGCAGCCCGCUUACCCCUUUCAUGUGGCAGCGAAGAACAUGAAGGACAAGUGUCAGAAUCAAACAGGAGAGCUAUCGCCAUAUCCUUCACACUUUGUUCAAUGCAGUCAGCAUUGCAACCGGUUCCCAAUGAGUGCCUGCCUUGGUGGCAGUUGUCAGAGCCUCCAGUGAAGAAGCCUAGCAGGAUAAUGUCAGUCUGGUCGAACACCCCCCCAGGGGAAAGUGAUCGCCAAGCUCUGUGUUUAGGAGCCAUACAUCGCAGUCCACAAGACUGGAAUAGCUAUAACACAUUCCUGAGUGAUGCCACCCAGCUUUGUCACGUUUUACAAGGUCAACAGGAAAUUGCUCAAGCUCGAGAGCUUUAUGCAAACGCUACGAUGGAAAAGAUCGCUCUCUUGAAAUAUCUCAAAAAGAAAGAUCAAGAUCGUCUACAGCGUGAAUUAAAACUCGAAGAAUACAUUGAACACCAAUCUACUGAGCUUCAAGCAACUUCGAGAGAACUAAAAACAGCAUCCUGCAAAAUGCAGCUUGCAAUUGAUCAAUACGAAUUGCUUUCAACAGCAUUGGAUCAAUCCAUACAGAGUUUGGCUACAGGAAGGGAGAGGCUAUGGGAAAAUGUGCAAGAAAACAUUCAAUACGAAACUACGCUAGCUGGUCAGCUUUUCACAAAAGAGCUACACCAGCUUCAAGACAUGUUGUCUAAGAAACUGACUGCCCAACUCGGGAUGAUAACUGAUCAAUAUGGAGUUGCAUUGAAUGCGCAAGCAGAAGCCGCCGAUUCACUCGUGAAAUCGCUUCAAUACCAGAUGCAAAAUUAUCUGAGCGAUUUGACGACUCAGCAAACCGCUCAAAUGUCGACGCUUCAGCAUUCUUGGGAAAUAUUGACGUACCAGACUAGUCGUUUAGUCGGGGACCUGCAAAAUCUGGAGACGGGCGCCAAGGCUCUGCAAGGAGUAUUAGAGCAAUCACAUGACAUAGCAAUCAGUACCAAGAUAUCGCAGGAAUUGGCCGCAACUUGGCUCCAAGCCGGUGUGGAACAAGCGGAAAGGAUAUCAACCAGUCUCAAUGAGACGGAAGGUCGGAUGGACUUAGUAUUGACAUCGCUGGAAGCAAGACAACAGCAGCUGGAUCAGAGUUGGCGCUGGUCCCCCUCUCUCUUUGCCUCUCCGGCAUUAAUAUCGCUGGGGCAAGGCAAGUCGGACUUUGCAGCAAUAAGCUGCCGAGGUUUACUGGUGGUGUUGGAUAUAUGUUGGCAAGUUAUUUGUUACAUGGUAUCCGCUACGGCUUGCCUUUUCGUCGUAUCGCGAGCUGGAAUGAAAAAGCUCUUUGCGCCCGUAUUAGAUCAGGCGGUUGGGGACCGACUUCAAGAUAAGGAAAGAGAUAUCAAGGUAGAGAAGCCUACAGGAUUCUCACUAUCAUUCCCACACACGCCUGAGCGGCUGCCGUCAUAUCACUCCGUCUAUGGCAGUCACAUCUCUCCCACGGCAUGUCCUCGCCAUUUGCCAGGUGAUGAUCAUCCAAUCGCGGGUAGGGCAAGAACUAUUGCAGAUGAAUGGGUGGAACGUGGCAGGAGGUCCUGCACAGCACCGUUGUGAGACUGGGAAACGGUUGCUGUGGAGAACCUUCGAGUCUGGAUGAAAAAAAAAAUGGUAUUUUAAAAGGGUUUGUUGGCGGGGAAUAACGACCAAGUUGCAGUGCGCUAAUCGACUGAAGAAUGUCUGUAAAUGUAUUCUGUAUCCCCUGUCCUUGUUGUGGUAAUAAUAAUGUAGCUGCUACGUACGUAUCGCCCUCGAGAUCAGCUUCGUCAUUGAUGCUUGCGAACAACUGAAAGUCAUG